GACGCACGCUCUUGCGCGCGUCUCGUUCCAAGGGGGCUCGUUUUCGCGCGCCGAAACAGGUGGUCGCGUCGAACCGAGGAGGUGAAGUGAUAACGUGACUCGACUCGUUCGAAAAUCGAAUCGGACUCACUUUCGCGCCAGUCUCUCGCGUGUGUGUUUGUCCGAACUCGGCAACGGGGGACACAAUUCGACGAACGAGUCUGCGAAAUCCUCGAAGCGGAGUCGGAAAAUCUUCGAGCACGCGACUUUCGUUGAAACUCGAACGACCGGACAGAGAAAGUGCGCCAAGAAAUAACGCGACAAUCCAAUUUUGAGGGAGCAAGAAACAUCGGAUCGGAAGAAAAUACGUUGAAAUUCAGGACCACCGAAGCGAGCUCGAAAGUUUGACGUGAAGUUUGCCACCGACAGGGUGCGGCGUCCAGCGCCCUCUUACGCGGCUCUGAAGUGGUUCCAACGCGACAUAGAACAGUGUCCGAAUUUUUGACAGGUUGAACGAACGCGAGAGAUCAAACGGUGAUUAUUAAAUAAUCGAAGUAAGCUCGUUGUUUUUUGGAACAAUCGCGGGAAAACAUAUGUCGCACAUGGUAGCGCGUUGACAGAUGGUGUGUGUUGUCGCGCUCUCGAAACGUCGAGGAAGCAAAAGUGCCGCAUACACAAAAGCAGAAGAAAACCUGCGCCGUUUCGUCUGCAGACAGAUAGUCGAACCCCCCGGGGUAUGAGACAACGUGAGAACAUGAAGAAGACGAGAAUGUCGGAUGGUUUUCUGGCGCCGUGUCGCGAAACGAGAGAAAGCCUGCGCGCUCCGGAAUUGCCACGGUGAUGGUCUCGUCGAGGUGGUGUCACGAAAAACGUUAUUAAAAUUCACACACAAAUUCGCCGCGGGAACGACGCGCGCGGCCAAGUUUUCCCCGAACCGCACACGUCCGACAUGAGACUGUCGUCCGUCGACUUUUUCCCGUUUCUACGUUUUGCGUUUCGUCGCGCCGUUCGUGCGAUUACUCUGGAAGGUUUUGUUGUUCUACUUGCACUUCGGGAACACUGCGUCCUUUCUGGAAAAUUGAGGAUUUAAUUUCGGAGCGGAGAAAAACAACGUGAUUUACGCGAGUGGCUUUCGAAAACAGUGCAAUAGUGAAGGUUGUUUUUUUUUGCGUGAUGAAAAUAUAAAACUGCUGUGAGAAUAUAAUAUAUCAGUGUGCGAGGUGUUGUACCCCCCGGAUGUGUUCGUAUUUUGUGAAAUAGUCCGAGGAAACUGUCGGUGUUGCAAACACAAAAACAAAAUGGAGUAAACAGUUCGCGCUCUGGAUUGUUUUGUCGAAAUAUGAGGAUUACGUUUUAUCGCUGCGACCGUCCUUGGGCUUCGAUUAUUAGCGAAAAUGUAUCUUACGUACGCGUGGCUGCUGUUGCUCCUGUUCGUCGUGGACUCGAGAUGCAUGUGCUCGAGCGGAUACACGGGGCAGAAUUGCGAGAGCGAAUACAUCCCCUGCGACCCGUCGCCAUGUGAAAACGGAGGCUCGUGUCAGCAGCGAGGCGAGCACGACUACGAGUGCAUCUGUCCUGAAGGAUUUCGAGGUCAUCAUUGCGACGAGAACAUCGACGACUGUCCGGGCAACCUUUGUCAAAAUGGCGCCACCUGUAUGGACCGGGUGAACGAGUAUUCGUGUCUGUGUCCGCCGUCCUUCACCGGUCCGCAAUGCGAGCUCGAUGUCGACGAGUGCUCGGUACGACCGUCCUUGUGCCACAACGGCGCUACGUGCACGAAUUCGCACGGCAGCUACUCUUGCAUAUGCGUGAACGGUUGGACCGGGCCCGAUUGCAGCGUCAACAUCGAUGACUGUGCAGGUGCAGCCUGCUUCAACGGCGCUACCUGCAUCGAUCGCGUCGGCAGCUUCUACUGUCAGUGCACGUACGGAAAGACUGGCUUGCUUUGUCAUCUUGACGACGCGUGCACGUCAAAUCCGUGCCACGAGGGCGCUAUUUGCGACACGAGUCCCAUCAACGGAUCUUUCACCUGCUCCUGCGCCAUCGGAUACAAAGGAUUGAACUGCUCCGAGGACAUCGACGAGUGCGAACAAGGAUCCCCGUGCGAACACGACGGAAUCUGCGUCAACACUCCCGGAUCGUUCGCUUGCAACUGUUCUCAAGGUUUCACAGGACCCAGAUGCGAAACGAACGUCAACGAAUGCGAGUCUCAUCCCUGCCAGAACGACGGCUCGUGCCUAGACGAUCCUGGCACGUUUCGAUGUGUUUGCAUGCCCGGAUUUACAGGCGUUAUGUGCGAGAUCGACAUAGACGAAUGCGCGUCCGCGCCAUGCUUGAACGGCGGCGUUUGCAGCGAUCUGAUCAAUUCGUUCAAGUGCACGUGCGCCGACGGAUUUGCCGGUUCCCAUUGUCAAAUCAACGUCGACGACUGCGCGUCCUCGCCGUGCAAGAACGGCGGAACUUGUCAAGACGGGAUCGCCCGCUACACCUGCGAAUGUCCACCUGGUUUUACAGGGCCAUCAUGCGAAACGAAUAUCAACGACUGCGCUUCCAAUCCGUGCCACUCCGGAACAUGCAUCGACGGAGAGAAUAGCUUCACGUGCAACUGCUUCUCGGGUUUCACCGGAAAAUUGUGCCAGACGCAGAUCGACGAGUGCGAGAGCAAUCCGUGCCAGUUUGGAGGUAGAUGCGAGGAUCGUAUCAAUGGCUACCAGUGCAUUUGCCGACCGGGAACGUCCGGCACCAACUGCGAGGUCAACGUCAACGAGUGUUACAGCAACCCCUGCCGAAACGGAGCCAGAUGCAUCGACGGCAUUAACAGUGGAUAUGAUAUCCUGUUUCCCAGGUACUCCUGCGAGUGCGAGCCCGGUUUCACCGGACAGCACUGCGAGACCGACAUAAACGAGUGCGCGAGCAAUCCGUGCGCGAACGGCGGUCGCUGCAUCGACAUAAUCAAUGGCUACAGAUGCGAGUGCCCGCGCGGUUAUUACGACGCCAGGUGUCUGAGCGACAUAAACGAGUGCGCGAGCAAUCCGUGUCUGAACGGCGGCUCUUGCGACGACGGGGUGAACCAGUUCAUUUGUCGUUGCCUGCCCGGUUACGGCGGCAAGCGAUGCGAAGUGGACAUAGACGAGUGCGGCUCGAACCCCUGCCAGCACGGAGGCACGUGUAUCGACCACCUGAACGGGUACAGCUGCAAGUGCCUGCCCGGUUACACCAGCACCAAUUGCGAGAUCAACGUCGACGACUGCGCCAAUAAUCCCUGCCAAAACGGCGGAUCCUGCAUCGACCUUGUCAACGACUACAAAUGCGUAUGCGAGUUGCCCCACACCGGCAGAAAUUGCGAGGACAAACUGGAUCCUUGCUCGCCGAACAAGUGCCAUCACGGAGCGAAGUGCUCGCCGUCGUCGAAUUUCCUCGAGUUCGCAUGCACGUGUACAGUCGGCUACACAGGCAGACUGUGCGACGAGGACGUGAACGAAUGUGUGGUGACGUCGCCUUGUAGAAAUGGUGCCACUUGCGUGAACACAAACGGUUCGUACAUUUGCAUGUGCGCGAAGGGCUACGAGGGCCGUGAUUGCAUCAUCAAUACCGAUGACUGUGCAUCAUUUCCUUGUCAGAACGGCGGCACUUGUCUGGAUGCUGUCGGCGAUUACACGUGUUUGUGCGUGGACGGUUUCAGCGGCAAGCAUUGCGAGAUCGACAUUGACGAGUGUCAGUCGCAACCAUGUCUAAACGGAGCCAGUUGCAGGGAAUACGUCAACUCGUACACGUGCCAGUGUCUUCUCGGCUUUUCCGGAAUCAAUUGUCAGACCAACGACGAGGAUUGCGCCGAGAGCAGCUGCAUGAACGGCGGCAAAUGCAUAGACGGCAUCAACAACUACACGUGCAUCUGCAAACCCGGCUACACCGGCUCCAACUGUCAGUAUCGCAUCAACGAGUGCGACAGUUCGCCUUGCAAGAAUGGCGCCACUUGUCUCGAACAAGGAACGCAUUACGCGUGCCACUGUCCCUACGGUUACACAGGUCAGCGUUGCGACGAGUACGUCGACUGGUGCGCCGACAAUCCGUGCGAGAAUCAGGCAACGUGCGUGCAGCACAAGAACAAAUAUCACUGCAACUGCUCGCCCGGAUGGACCGGCAAGGUAUGCGAUGUGGAAAUGGUCUCGUGUAAAAAUGCCGCCAUUCGCAAGGGCGUGCCGGAAAAGAAUCUCUGCAACAACGGCACUUGCGAGAACAUAGGCAACAGCCAUCUCUGCCAAUGUCUGGAAGGCUAUACCGGUUCUUACUGUCAGAUAGAGAUAAACGAGUGCGAAUCCGCGCCGUGCCAGAAUGGCGCAACUUGCAAAGACCUCGUCGGUUCAUAUCAAUGCAAUUGCGUCGCAGGUUUUCAGGGUCAAAACUGCGAGCUUAAUAUCGACGAUUGCCACCCAAAUCCCUGCCAGAAUGGCGGUAUAUGCCACGAUCUGAUCAAUACAUUUUACUGCUCGUGUCCGCCCGGCACUCUCGGCUUCAUAUGCGAAGUUAACGUAGACGAUUGCACACCCAGCUCGUGCCACAACAACGGCACGUGCAUCGACAAAGUGGGCGGCUUUGAAUGCAAAUGCCCUCCCGGUUUUGUUGGGCCGAGAUGCGAGGGCGACAUUAACGAGUGUCUGUCGAAUCCGUGUACCUCACCUGGCACUUUGGACUGCGUGCAACUAGUCAACAACUAUCACUGCAAUUGUAAAUCUGGAUACAUGGGUCGUCACUGCGAGCACAAAGUCAAUUUCUGCGACAGCUCACCUUGCCAGAAUGGUGGCGUGUGCACCGCCAAGCACGACGGACACACAUGUCUCUGUCCCAGCGAUUAUCACGGUGACAAUUGCGAGUUCGUCGGCUCGUACUGCGACACCGCGCCGUGCUUGCACGGCGGUACAUGUCGCAUCAUCAACAACGACGAUGGUUAUCGGUGUUACUGUCCGCCAGGCACAACUGGCAAGAACUGUGAAAUCGACUUUCUCGACGAAUGCGCGAGCAAUCCGUGUCAGCAAAUUAAUGCUGUUUGCGAGAACUUGUACGGUGAUUACGUCUGUUACUGUCCCGCCAAAUGGACUGGCAAGAAUUGCGAAAUAUACGACCCGAAUUAUCUUGGCGGCAUAUACGGUCGACCCAACUUCAACGUGCCUAAGGUCGCGAGCGAGUCAGAUUUGGAACGCGAACGAAGAAAGUGUCGCGAGAACAACUGCGAGAAGAAGGCUCGUAAUUUCAUAUGUAAUGAGGAGUGUAAUAAUUACGCGUGCAACUUUGACGGCAAUGAUUGUACACUGGGCAUUAAUAAUCCGUGGCACAACUGCACCGCAAAAAUCAGUUGCUGGAAUGUGUUUGGAAAUGGCAUUUGCGACGAGGCCUGCAACAAUCCGCAAUGUCUCUUCGACGGUAGAGAUUGCGAGAAGAAACUUCCUCCUUGCAAUCCGAUCUAUAACGCGUACUGCGAAAAACAUUACGCCAACGGCCAUUGUGAUUACGGUUGCAACAAUGAGGAAUGCAACUGGGAUGGUCUCGACUGCGAGAGGGAACCGCCGUCGAUAGCCGAAGGUGUCAUCUCCGUGGUCGUGCGAAUGGAGAUAAAAGAUUUCCGUGAUCACCUCGUGGGGUUCUUGCGUAGAGUGGGACACGAGCUAAGAACAACGUUACGAGUGAGGAAGGAUGAAUACGGCAACGACAUGAUAUAUCCUUGGAAACACGAAAAAGGAGAACCUAUUCCGACUCAUUUCCGAUCGCCCAAGAUCGAUAAGGAGAACUUGCCUGGCUCCAUUGCCUUUCUCGAAAUCGACAAUCGCAAAUGCGAGAUGAUGCAAGGCGCGGUCUGCUUCCCGUCGGCAAACGAAGCGGCCGAAUAUUUGGCUGCCACAGCAUCGAGACACACGUCAACGUGGGACUUCCCUAUUGAACAAGUGCGAGGCGUCAUGGGGUCUCAGAGUCCAGAAUAUCCGGACAGUCCGACGAAUUACAAAUACGUUUUCAUCGGUGUUGUUAUUGUGGUGCUCGGCGGAUUGUUGGUAGGCGUUUUGGUAACCGCACAGAGAAAGCGUGCGGUAGGAGUGACAUGGUUUCCCGAAGGAUUUUUGAGAACCAACAGUGGUAGCGGUCAGCGACGCCGUUCGCGUCGUCGCGGUCCAGACGGUCAGGAGAUGCGCAAUUUGAACAAACAGCCGUCUGUGAACUGUAUGGACAUGGACGUAGCGAACGGCCGAGUGCAGUCGCAGUGGUCUGAUGACGAGUCCGAUUUACCACCGUCAAAACGGAUGCGCGCGAUCGAGCCUGGUUACGCGAGUGAUCACACCGCUAUCACGGAUUACGAGGAAACUGAGCCGCGCAUGUGGACGCAGCAACAUCUAGAUGCGGCCGAGAUACGACGACCGGACGCGGGCGGCGUGUUGACGCCACCCAGUCUGGAACACGACCAAGAUGUGGACGCGCGUGGUCCUUGCGGCAUGACACCAUUAAUGGUAGCAGCUGUACGUGGCGGCGGACUCGACACCGGUGAGGAGGAGGAUGAGAGCGACGGUACCGCGGCGGUGAUCGCCGAUUUGGUUGCUCAGGGUGCAGAUUUGAACGCCACUACAGAUAAGAGCGGCGAAACAUCGCUGCAUUUAGCUGCGCGUUACGCUCGCUCAGACGCAGCCAAGAGACUGCUGGACGCGGGCGCUGACGCAAACUCGCAAGACAAUACCGGUCGCACGCCGUUACACUCUGCGGUCGCAGCCGAUGCUAUGGGAGUAUUCCAGAUCUUGCUGCGUAAUCGCGUUACGAAUUUGAAUGCGCGUAUGCACGAUGGCACUACGCCGCUAAUACUGGCCGCACGUUUGGCUAUCGAAGGUAUGGUAGAAGAUCUCAUCAACGCUGACGCGGACAUAAACGCUGCCGAUAACAGCGGCAAGACCGCGCUGCACUGGGCUGCGGCGGUUAAUAACGUCGACGCCGUGAACAUACUGCUGGUGCAUGGCGCAAACAGAGACGCUCAAGACGACAAGGACGAAACACCGCUGUUCCUUGCUGCUCGCGAGGGCAGCUUUGAAGCGUGCAAAGCGCUACUGGACACAUUUGCCAACAGGGAGAUCACCGAUCACAUGGAUCGGUUACCGCGCGACGUUGCUAGCGAGAGACUACAUCACGAUAUAGUGAGACUACUCGACGAGCACGUGCCAAGGUCGCCGCAAAUGGUCACAGUUAUUCCCAAUGGUCCUCUCAUGGGAUCUCCAAAUCAUCCACAAUUAAUCACACAUCCAACUGUGAUUGGUUCAGCGCCGAAGCAGACCAAAUCCAAGAAGCGGCCGAAAGCGAGUGGCGCGGGAAACCCAAACAGUCCGGAAUCAGAAAGCGGCGGUGCGGUAGUGAUGGUAAGGCGAAAGCCAUCGUUGAAAAAACCGACGACAAAACGCGGCGCGCAGCCCCCAAACCAGGAGAUUCCGCAAGGCGCGGAAGGCGCCGAAGGCAACCUGCCGACGAGUCCGUACGACAGCGCGAGCCUUUACAGCAACGCCUUGCCAUUGGUAGCUCACACAACGACGGCGAAGCAACCACCACCUUACGAAGAUUGUAUUAAGAGUCAGUCGAUGAGUCUGCAACAGCUCGGUUUAGAUACAUUCGCGACCAAUUACGGGCUGCCGUUUCACGAGCAGCUCUUAGCGUCGCAUCAACGACAGCAGCAAGGCAUAGUUAACACACUGUCGCCGCCGUACAGCAAUCAGUCACCGCCGCAUUCGGUGCAAUCCAACAUGACUCUCUCACCGCAGGCGAGUUACAUGGGCUCGCCGUCGCCGGCGAAAAGCCGACCGUCGCUGCCCACCUCGCCGACUCAUAUUGCCGCUUUACGGCAGGCGACACAUCAGAAACACGGCAGCAUGCCGCCCAUGGGCUUUGACUUCGACAAUUUGCCUUACUCUUCCAGUCAGCCGCAACAACAACAGCAAAUGCAGCAGACACAACCGCAGCAACAGCAGCCGCAGCAACAACAACAGCAGCAGCAGCAGAGCACGCAGCAGCAGCAGCAGCAACAGCAGCAACAACAACAACAACAACAACAACAGACGCAACAAUAUUAUCAGUACUUGACACCGCCGUCCCAUCAUUCCGGCCCCGAUGUCACACCGCAGCAUCUCAUGCAGGCACCCGAAAGCUUUCCAACGCCAUCGCCUGAUAGCCCGGGCCAUUGGUCUUCGAGUUCGCCGCACUCGAACAGUGACUGGUCCGAGUGUAUAGCCUCACCACCGAAUGCCUACGGCGCCGGUGGCGGUGCUCACCAAAGUAACAAGGGCUCCGAGGCGAUCUACAUAUGAUACCAACAGCGGUGCUCACUUCCUCGCGCGAGUAAGUCAUAAAUUGUGAAAACGUGAAGAAAAGAGAACUGCUAACUCUGUGAUUAGCUCGUUGAGUUUGAGCCUCGGACGUUCGGGAGGAACGAUGAUGGCGAAGACAACGACGAAGGGCUCUUCUAUAUAAUAAAAUCGAUGGCAAGAAGAGGUAUUUUUUUUUAUCUUUCGUUUGUCGGAAGAGCUAUACUAUAGAAAUUUGUUUUAUAUUAAUGCGUAUCGAUGUUGAGCACUGAAGAUUGAACAACUAAGUUGUAGUUACAAUUAUAAGUGCGUAAUUACACACAAUAUUUACACAUAUAAUUAUAUAUAGAAAUCAUAUGUUUUUCUAUAUAAAAUUAUUGGAUAGACAAUGAUCUAUCUACUAGUUACAAUUAUAAAUGCGUAAUUACGCACAAUGUUUGGACAUAUAAUUAUAUAUAGAAUCGUAUGUUUUUCUAUAUAAAAUUAUUGGAGAAAAAAACCAACUAGCAAUUGUAUACUCGCAACUGUAUAUUUGUUCAUCUGUUUUACACUAGAGAGACUAUGCAAAUGUAUUUUGUACUCAACACUGAUGCGCAUAAAUAUAUACGUGUAAUUAAUAUAUUCAAUCUUUUUUCAAGACCGAUUGUGCCUCUGAUAAGAAGCUUAGGAAAAGUAUGGAUAGAGAAGAAUUGUAUGAUAUUUUUAUGAAAAAAAAAAAAAAAAAAUA